AGAGCAUGGAGACCGCUGCCGCCGGCUCCGCCGGGCUGGCCGCCGAGGUCCGAGGCAGCGGCACGGUGGACUUCGGGCCGGGGCUGUCGGCCAUGGAGGCGGGCGGCGGCGACCCGGGCCCCGAGGCGGAGGACUUCGAGUGCAGCUCGCACUGCUCGGAGCUGUCGUGGCGCCAGAACGAGCAGCGGCGCCAGGGCCUCUUCUGCGACAUCACGCUGUGCUUCGGCGGCGCGGGCGGCCGCGAGUUCCGCGCCCACCGCUCCGUGCUGGCGGCCGCCACCGAGUACUUCACGCCGCUGCUCUCCGGCCAGUUCUCGGAGUCGCGCUCGGGCCGCGUGGAGAUGCGCAAGUGGAGCUCGGAGCCGGGGCCGGAGCCCGACACGGUGGAGGCGGUGAUCGAGUACAUGUACACCGGGCGCAUCCGCGUCAGCACGGGCAGCGUGCACGAGGUGCUGGAGCUGGCGGACAGGUUCCUGUUAAUCCGUUUAAAAGAAUUCUGUGGUGAGUUUCUCAAGAAGAAGCUGCACCUCUCCAACUGCGUGGCCAUCCACAGCCUGGCGCACAUGUACACCCUGAGCCAGCUGGCCCUGAAGGCCGCCGACAUGAUCCGCAGGAACUUCUGCAAGGUCAUCCAGGACGAGGAGUUCUAUACGCUGCCCUUCCACCUCAUCCGGGACUGGCUGUCGGACCUGGAGAUCACGGUGGACUCCGAGGAGGUGCUCUUCGAGACUGUGCUCAAGUGGGUGCAGCGCAACGCGGAGGAGCGGGAGCGCUACUUCGAGGAGCUGUUCAAGCUGCUGCGGCUGUCGCAGAUGAAGCCCACCUACCUCACUCGGCACGUCAAGCCCGAGCGGCUGGUGGCCAGCAACGAGGUGUGCGUGAAGCUGGUGGCCGAGGCCGUGGAGCGCCACGCGCUGCGGGCCGAGAACCUGCAGACCGGUGCGCUGCAUCCUCCGGCGGCGCCCCCGUCCCUGCUGCCGCGCUACGGGCAGAACAUGGACGUGAUCAUGGUCAUCGGGGGCGUGUCGGAGGGCGGGGACUACCUGAGCGAGUGCGUGGGCUACUUUGUAGAUGAGGACCGGUGGGUGAACCUGCCCCACAUCCACAACCACCUGGACGGGCAUGCCGUGGCGGUGACCGAGUCCUACGUGUACGUGGCGGGCUCCAUGGAGCCGGGCUUCGCCAAGACCGUGGAGCGCUACAACCCCAGCCUGAACACGUGGGAGCACGUGUGCAGCCUCAUGACCCGGAAGCACUCCUUCGGGCUCACCGAGGUCAGGGGCAAGCUCUACAGCAUCGGCGGCCACGGCAACUUCAGCCCCGGCUUCAAGGACGUGACCGUGUACAACCCCGAGCUGGACAAGUGGCACAACCUGGAGUCUGCACCGAAGAUCCUGCGUGACGUCAAGGCGCUGGCCAUCGAAGACCGCUUCGUGUACCUGGCGGCGCGCACGCCCGUGGACCGGGACGCGGAGGACGGGCUGAGGGCCGUGAUCACCUGCUAUGACACCGAGACGCGGCAGUGGCAGGAUGUGGACUCGCUGCCGCUCAUCGACAACUACUGCUGCUUCCAGAUGUCCGUGGCCAACUCCAACUUCUACCAGACCGCGUCGUGCUGCCCUAAGAGCUACGCGAUGGAGAACGCGGAGGCCGUGCGCAAGCUCGCCAGCCUGCCGUCGGACGAGAUCCUGGAGAGCCUGCCGCCCGAGGUGCUGAGCAUCGAGGGCGCCGCCGUGUGCUACCACCGGGACGACGUCUUCAUCAUCGGGGGCUGGAAGAACAGCGACGACAUCGACAAGCAGUACCGCAAGGAGGCCUACCGCUACUGCGCCGAGCGCAAGCGCUGGCUGCUGCUGCCCCCCAUGCCCCAGCCCCGCUGCCGCGCCGCCGCCUGCCACGUCCGCAUCCCCUACCGCUACCUGCACGGCACGCAGAGGUACCCCAUGCCCCAGAACCUCAUGUGGCAGAAGGACCGCAUCCGGCAGAUGCAGGAGAUCCACCGGCACGCGCUGAACAUGCGCCGGGCGCCCAGCUCCCAGAUCGAGUGCUGAGUGUGCCGGCCGCCCGCGCAGCGGCCGCCCGGAGAGGGAAGUGUGCGCUCCCCCCCUUUGCCAGGACCGACCGGCACGCUGCGGAAGGGAAGGGCUGUGUGGUUGGACUGAGGUGUGGGAAGGGUGAGUGCGUGGUGGUUGUUAGCUUGUGACCUUUAUCCGUCUUCAGUGUGUGUGUCCGUGUGCGUGCGUGUGUGCG